AGGGGAACCUUGCUGUGCGCCGUCUACUGCCGUCUCAUCACAGAUACCUGGAGAGGAUUGCAAUCACCACGAGCACACGCAGGCGCGCUCUUAUAUCUACAUUUAGCCUAUGCCAUAUCCUGUAGAAUAGUCUACAGAGUAUUUGUCUUUGUCCUAUAUAGCCCAGUGGUGCACUUGUUUUUUCAUUUACUGAGGCUAAUUUAUGCAGCUGCCAUGACCAUUUUAUCCUGACGGGGACUGACUGAUGUCUUUACCAUUUCUCACUACUCUAUCGCAAGAGCCUUUCGGAAGCACCUGCAUCAACGCGCAAAGGAAGGAGCCCGUUGUUUUCUACCGCGGACAUAUGAACUCAGGACAUUACGCUUUGGAUAAAGGCUGCCCGUAGCCAUGCAACCGCACCUCACAUCAAAGAUUCUGUGGGGAAGAAGAUGCUGCUUUGAAACUGGAGAAUUGUUAACCAUGAUGUAGAGGUUCCUUCCGGCUAAAUCGGGUUGGAUUAUGUAUCCCGCGAUAGGUUUGCUGGCGAGUUUACGUUGCACUGUGAUUUGAACCUCAGUUUUCCUAAAGUGAUCCAUGCCUCUGUGUUUUUGCCUUUGUCAACAUGUCCCCAGCAUCGGCUGCCACGGCCAGUGAGAGCAGCACCACUACCGUUCCAGAGGAGGACACAGAGGAAAGCCCCCGCGAGGAGCAGCGGCCCCUGAAGCAGUCGCUCAGUAAAUCCCUGUGCAGGGAGAGCCACUGGAAAUGCCUGAUCCUGUCCCUGCUCAUGUACGGCUGCGUGGGGGCCAUGACCUGGUGCCACGUGACCAAGGUGACGCGCCUCUCUUUCGACAGUGCCUACAAGGUCAAGUCCAUGAUGUACCACGAAAGCCCCUGCUCCAACGGUUACAUCUACAUCCCUGUGGCCUUCAUGGUCAUGCUCUACGUGGUCUACCUGGUGGAGUGCUGGCACUGCCACACCCACAACCAGCUACAGCACAAGGUGAACGUGGAGAGUGUGGGAGAGCGUGUCGAGCGCAUGCAGCAGGCCACGCCCUGCAUCUGGUGGAAGGCCAUCAGCUACCACUAUGUGCGGCGGACACGACAGGUAACACGCUACCGUAACGGAGACGCAUACACCACCACGCAGGUGUACCACGAGCGCGUCAACACACAUGUGGCCGAGGCGGAGUUCGACUACAGCAACUGUGGUGUGAAGGACAUAUCCAAGCAGCUGCAGGGCCUAGACUGCUUCCCUGUCACGAAGCUGAGGUUCACCAAGUGCUUUAGCUUCGCCAACGUGGAGUCGGAGAACGCCUACCUGACUCAGCGGGCCCGCUUCUUCACUGAGAAUGAGGGCCUGGACGACUACAUGGAGGCCCGCGAGGGAAUGCACCUGAAGAAUGUAGACUUUAAGGAGUACAUGAUUGCCUUCUCGGAUCCGGACCACCUGCCCUGGUACGUGUCCAACUACGUGUUCUGGACAGCCGCCGCCUUCACCUUCUCCUGGCCGCUGCGCGUGCUAACCGAGUACCGCACGGCCUACGUCCAUUACCACGUGGAGAAGUUGUUCGGCUUCGAUUAUGUCCCUGUCACACCAUCUGAGGAGCGACCAUACUGCCGCCACAUCCCUCGGGUCAACACCAUCGACAGCACCGAGUUGGAGUGGCACAUCCGCUCCAACCAGCAGCUGGUGCCCAGCUAUUCAGAGGCUGUACUCAUGGACCUGGCUCAGCUCUCGUCAGGUGGCGGCGGCGGCAAUGCCAACACCUACUCAGUGUGCGGCGGCUACGGCAGCUACCGGCAGAACUGCGAGCGCUGCCACCGCACCAUCAGCAGCUCGUCCAUCUUCUCGCGCAGCGCCCUGAGCAUCUGCACUGGGACUAGCCCGCGCAUCCCCUUCAGCGGCAGCCGCUUCUCGCUGUCGCGGCUGUACGGAUCACGGCGCAGCUGCCUGUGGCGGAGCAGCGGCAGCCUCAACGAGACAUCGUGCCCCACAGAGAGCACGCGCUGCCUGACACCGUCGGGCCAGCUGACUAGCGAGGAGAAUCCGCCGGACUACCAGGACGCGCUCUACUUCCCUGUGCUCAUCGUGCACCGCAACGAGGGCUGCCUGAACCACUCGCUGCACAGGAAUGGAUCCUGCGUGGAGACCUCUAUAUGACGCAGCACUGGGCCUCCCAGUCCAGACCUGAACAAGGAAUGUAAUGUUACUGUCCUUUCUCUGGGAGGACACUGACUGGAUAAUGAACCUUCCUUUUGGAUCUUUUUUUCCUCUCCAUUAGACCACAGAACACAUGACACACCAGUGGCAUUCCGGAAUCCUUCCAGACCUCUUCCAACACUGUUUAUCAAAGACAGUACUGAGUUAAAUGCACAUUUUGAAUGCUCACUCCACCUUUUCCAUAACUUCCUUUGCAGCCCAGCUCAUCUCACAUGAGAUGCCCUCCAGUGAUAUGUUCAUCAUAGUAAGUAAUAGACUAUGUAACUAUCUCAAAGCAUGUAUGAAAAAAACACAUUCAUAGGCAAAAUCAGACAGUCUGCGACAAAUGGACAUAAUGAUCUGAGAAUGAUAUUUGGGAGGACAUACGUUGCGUGGAAUGCACACCACCACCAUUCUUGACCAAUCACAAUGCUCUGUUCAUAUCAGUUUGUGUUUCCUUAACCAAAGUGUCAUGUUAGCUUCCACACUAUCUAUAAAUAGAGAACAUGAAAAAGCAAAGUACACUAACAGACAUUUGGCCAGAGAAUAAACUCCACCUUAAAUCGUAGUGCAUUUUGCUGUUGUCAUAACCAGGUAGCAAAGAACUUCAAUUGGAACAUCUGUUUUCAAAGUUGGAUAAUAUGUGUUAUUUUGUAAGAGUCUUAGAAGGGAUGUCUUGUGACUGAAAAUCCCCAACACAGCUCAACACAGCUCAAGACAGCUCAAUGGUAGAGGCCUCCAACACAGCUCGACUAGAGGCCUUCAUUGGAGAUGACUCAUAAGUGGGGCAUGAGUUUAAGGAACAUAAACAUGAUUUAUUCAAGCCUUAGAGAGCAAUUUGGAGAUGGGAAGGAAAACCAUGACGCCACAUUAAAUAAUUGAGAGCAAGAAAAGUUUAAAACAUCUGACUUAUUUUUCUAGUAAAUGCAUUACUGGAUAUUUUAAAUUAUGUUGCAGAUAUCAAAGUAAAUUCAUACAGUCCAUAAUUUGUUUCCCCUCUAGCUCAUGGUUCUCAAUGAAAAGCCUUAGACGCAGAUCUACAUUUUUUAUUAAAACAUUACAAUUUGAAACACAUUUGGGGCUAUGUGAUGGUGUAGUUGUUUGUUUUGAGGCCAACAAGAGAUCUUUUUAUGGAAUUAAUGUUCUUUCAAGAUAAUGAUGAUGAGAGAUACAGCAGUUACAACAUCCAGUUAAUUAGCAACGGGAAUCAAAUAUCACAGGAUGCAAUAACAUUCCCACUUCCUGACCCUCUAAAUAUAGUAACAUAGUCAGAUCCAUGAAUAAUUUAGAUCAGGAGGACUAAAUGGUACAAAUACUUCAAACUGAAUCCAUGAGAGAAGUCUUUCAUCGCAUAAUUUUCCUUACUGUCAAAAUGACUGUCACUCUUCACUACAUGUUAAUGCAUUUCUGAUUGACUUAAUACAUACAACAUCAAUGUGAUUAUAUCAUGUCAGCUCAGCUGUCAAUAAUAACCUCAGCAUUGCAUAUCUCCUAUUUCCAAUUAAUAUUUGAACACAAAAUUAUUAUUAAUUACUAUAUGAACAAUAAUUUCCUUCAAACUACCUCUUCUUUGUUUUUGUGAUUUAAGUGCCUGACUGUGGGUGCUUUAAAGUUUGGCUUAAAACCACACCUAAACCACAUAGCACACCUACCAAUUCAUCCAAAACUACACCUUAACAACACACUGUAGAUCACCUACCCAUUCAUCCAAAACCACACCUAAACAACAUACUGUAGCUCACCUACCCAUUCAUCCAACCAACCAACCAACUAACCAACCAGAAAUACAAAGGCAGCAACAGAGCAACUCAACUUUCACUGCAUCUCUUCUAAGUAGCAAUAUACUGAUGAGACAGGACAUUUAAUUGAGGCUGGCACCAAUGAUCAGGCCCUGAAAACUUCAAGAUGUGCUUUGUCUAUUGUCAGAAAAAGUAGGUUUAAAAGCAAGACCAAGUGCUGAUUCUGAUGAUGCCUAUCAGAAACAGCCAGACAGCCAUCACAGAGACCCAAAAUAGACUGAGGGCUGUGUUCAAACACUGAUAAUGUCAGCUUUAGUAAUAAACCAGGAGGAUUUUUGAAGAUAUGAGAAUAAACAUGAUCACAACUGAACAAAUGUUCUAUGUACUAAUGGCUUAUUUCCACUAGCAAAGUCUCAAAGCAAGGCAAGGUACAUUUAAAAAUAAGUUCAAUAAAUGUGUAGAAUUCACACCUAGGACCAAUCACUUAUAAAGUACACAGAAAGGGUGCCCAGCUCAUGAAGUGAAAAAUCCAACCCACUUCUCCCAGUCCACUGAAAUAUACGCACACAUUUUGUAAAUAACUCUUUAAAUGGUUUUGAAGGUAGCGGUCAAAGGGCUUUGUUGCUGUGAUCAAACUAAAGCUAACCCUAGGAGCUGGAGUCAAUAUGGCCCGGGAUAAGAGCUAAGCUGACAGCUAGCCAGUCACUUCUGGCCCAGAGGCCUCUGCUAUUUAACAGAAAACAACUCUGAUGAAUUCAGGGUGACGGCAGAGCUCAGUAAUCUAUGCCCAGGACUCAUACUUACAAUUCACACAUUGUUAUUAGAUCUAUAUACACAAAGGAUAGAUAGGCCUUUCUCCAUUUUAUGUAUCCUACUGACCUCAGAUUCUCACAGCCAUUCCAGUUCUAAUCUCAGAAAUGACUAGCAUUAUUGACUGAUGUGGAUAUGUGAUUGAAUUGACUGUAAACAUUGGAUUGACCACUUAAUAAUCCAAUGCUGUCAAAGAUAAACUCAUUCUGCUCAUUCUGAAAAAAACAUACACCUAUUUUGUGAAAUCCGUUGAUCAUCCCACGAACAAAAAUUGCAUUAACAAUAUACUGGUAGAUCUCUAGCAGAGAGUGUAAUAGCAUUUCUUUCUCUUGAUGCGUUUCUUCCUUGCACCCUACGACCUUUAUAACGUCACUUGCUACUGGCCAUUUUAGGGAACUAGAUGCGAAGCAAUUAAAGGAAGUUGUUCAACCUCAAUCCCAUUUUCUCGACAAUAAACCACUUUAGCUAUACAAUAACACUUUAGCUAUACAAUAAAGCAGCAAACAAAAAAUACACACCAGUCAUAACCACAAGACACUGAGUCCUGUCAUGGUUAGUUGUGGCUCACCUCAUCUAAAGCGCAUCUAUGCAACCCCCAUAAUCAACUCAGGAGUGUAGUCAGGAUAUCCACCUUACAUUUGUCAUAAAUUCUACCCCUUAAACUUUUCUUAUUAUCCCUGUCAGCUGACUUGACAGUGCUGUUUGAUUUGUUUUCCAGAUAGGAGGCUAUGAGGAUGCACUUAAGUGCCCAUAUUCACAGUCUCAGAGUAGGAGUGCUGAUAUAGAAUCAUUUUUGCCUUUCAGAUCAUAAUGAAAAGGGGGAGACCUGAUCCUAGAUCAACACUCCUAGGUCUCGGUCUGCUCUGCAGUUCCUUAAAGUGUCAGAGGCUUUGACCGUGUGUAUCAGCUGAAACGAAUGGUGUCCUUUAUGGGGCUUUAAUCACGGCAUGUGACACAGCUCUGUAACCAUACUGAUGCUCCUAUAGCAGAUGAUGGAAGGCUAUUAUAACCUAGCUGGAGGUCACACACGUCAUGGGAAGCACACUUCACUCAGUCACAGAAUGCCCUCUUUAUUUAGAUCACUCCUAUUAUGUCUGGGAUGGGCUGAAGUUUGGAAACAGCAGAUAGUGAAGCCCCAGAGUUUUAGACUUCAACAAUGGUCAAAAAAAGAUAGUGAUACCGGCAUUACAUUACAGACUCAAUAGUCCAUUUCUCACUGACCAGCCUCUCACUAAUUAAAAAAAGUUCAUUUAAUGUAGAUAAAACAGUUAUAUCAGAUGGCGUCACUGUGAUAUGUAAUUGUGUACAAAUAAAAGUGUUUAACAGUGCUAUGUUUACUAACCAUAAAACAAUAAAUAGUAUACAAGUACAGCAAACCAAGGUUAUCAAACAGAGUUUUUUUAGUGACAAUUCAGAAAACUGAAAAUCUUUUCCUACCACAGACUGUUAACUUCGAACCCUUUAUCCUAAUGUAACAUAGAACUAGGCUUGCAAAAUUCCGGUAACUUUCCCCAAAAUCCCAGUUGGUAAAUUCCCAGAAACAGGAGGGCAAUAACCAGGAAAUCCUGAAUCUUCCAACCAGGAUUUCUGAAAGACCUGGGAAUUUUGAGAAAGUUAGCGGAAUUUUGCAACCCUACAUGUAACCCUUUAUUGUGUGUACAAAGUGGAGUAAUACCUUAUAAUACUGUAUGUACUCUCACACCCAGAAUGCUUUUGGGGCUCCUCUUUUUAUAAUGUUGUGUAUCAUUUUGUGGCUUAAAACAGGAUCGCAGGAGAACGAUUUUGUACUGUAAGUAAUACAGAGAUUGUAGGUUAGGACUGUCGUCGUGUUUCUUGUGCUUAGUCGAUUGUGUCACCAGUAAAUGCAUAAAAUGUGGUGUUUUAUUAAACACUGCUAAUCCUCAAAUGUACUCGACAACAGGGAAGUGUUUCGGGUUUUCAGAUCAACAAUCGACACAUUUCUAUAUAAAAUGGUGUUGUACAAGGAAAAUGAAUCUUGUAAAUACAGUACAAUUUCAAUUGCAGACCCUGCGGCCAAUCUGAUGCUGUAUGAGAUAUACACUUACUUUGCAAUGGCAGAGCACUGUUGAUUAUUUCCUUCAACGUUAUUGGUAUGUUUUAACACUCUUUAUUGAUAGGGGAAAGGCUGGAAGAGAUUACACAUUUUUGUAUGGAGGUCAAAGCCGCAGAUUUGACGGGGAGACAACUUUUUACAUAAGGAAGCCAACCGCUGACUUAUUUGAUCAAUAUUCCACUAUCUUAGACUGUCAUUCAGGCUAGAUACAUUGGUUGCGUCCCAAAUGGCACCCUAUUUCCUAUGUAGUGCUCUACUUUCAAACAUAUCCCUCUGGGUUUAAAGAUCUGUGUUCUGGGCCUUGGUCAAAAGUAGUACACUCUCUAGGGAAUAGGGUGCCAUUUGAGACACACAUUUGUUAAAUUUAUUCUGACCAUACUGAGAACAUUGCUCUGCCUGUAUUAUUCUUACUCUCUCAAUGUCAUAGAUUGCUGGUCCUUGCAGCAAGAUCUACAGUCAGGAAAAUGUUUUGUACUGCCUAGGUAAGGUGGAUCACAGGUUGAGUGUGUGACUACUAAAUAAUAAAUAUAGGGCAAGUCUGCAUGUACAGUUGAAGUCGGAAGUUUACAUACACCUUAGCCAAAUACAUUUAAACUUAGUUUUUCACAAUUCCUGACAUUUAAU